AUGCCGAAUUCACUCAGUCUAUGGCAGAUUACUCACUCUUUACCAGGCAUUGAGGUUGCACAAUCAAAGGAGGGAAUUUUUAUUUCACAAUGCAAGUACGCGCUAGACAUACAUGAUGAUGCUGGGCUCUUGGGGUCACGCCCUUACUCUUUCCCUGUGGAGCAGACUUUGAAACUCAAGCCCACUGAUGGAAAGCUUUUACAGGAUCCUUCUAGAUAUCGAAGACUCUUAGUUCUAGAGAUAGUCAGUGGACAAAAAAAUAGUGGCUUCCGGCAUGGAGAAAAUGCGGAGGAUCUUCUAAGCUUCGCCUGGAGAAGUUGGAGGGAAGGGACAGCUUCAAAUCUAAUAGAUCCCACAUUGAAGACUGGUUCAAGAACAGAAAUAAUGAGAUGCAUCCACAUUGGAUUAUUAUGUGUGCAAGAAAAUGUGGCUGAUAGGCCAACCAUGGCUUCUGUUAUUCUCAUGCUGAAUAGCUACUCUCUCACUCUCCCAGUGCCCUCCCAACCAGCAUUUUAUUUGCAUAGCAUUGGAUCGGACAGGUCGUUAGGAUCGGAAUAUAAUUCAGGGAUAACGAGGUCUGAUCAUUCCAAGAGUAACUCUGCCAAAGUACUGGAAUAUAAGAUUUCAGAAAUUACUGAACUACAUCCUCGCUAG